UGAGAUAAGCAGUGACUUCAUUACGCGCUACGGCAGUCGAUAAAACGAUAAAAUGUUUGGGCUGAUGAAAGGCAACUGUUGGAAAAUUUUGGGUAUAAAAAGUGCGAGUUAUCAAAACUCAAUCAUCAUUCGGUCGUGAUCGGUUGUUUCAGUGAUAUCUCGGAAAGGCAAACAUGAAGGCGUUUAUUGUAUUCUCUCUGGUCGUCGUCGCCGUUGUCAGCUGCACGGCCGUCAGCUCGUCCCAGAAGGACAAACGUUAUAUCCAAGAAGAAGGUCAGCUGCUGGAUGACCAUCAGUACGGGGAUCACUACGAGCACCAUGAUGAUUAUGAGCACGACUAUCAUCAUGACCAUCAGGAUUUAAGUCACGAUUGGGAACCGAAAAAAGAGGUUAAACAUAUUGUCACUAAAAAGAUCCCCGUUCCCUAUCCGGUUGAAGUGGAAAAGCACGUGCCAGUGCCGGUGAGUGUUCCGUACCCAGUCCACACCGAAAAGAAGGUUCCAGUGAUAGUGGAGAAAAAAUAUCCAGUGUACGUUGAAAAGAAAGUCCCCGUCGAAGUUGACCGACCCGUUCCAUACCCGGUCAAGGUUGAAGUUCCAGUCUAUCAGAAAGAGUACGUAGAGGUUCCAAAACCGUACGCAGUUCAUGUUGAUAAGCCUUAUCCAGUGUACGUGAAAGAACCGAUCUACGUCGAAAAACCCGUUCCAGUUACUGUGUACAUCAAGAAGCACCAGAAGAAAUCUUUCUGGAACUAAUUUGACUGCUAGAUUGUAAGAUAGUUGACUGAAUAUAGGUAGAAAUGAUGUUGAAAUGUUUAUUAUUGUUGAAAUAAAUAAUCUAAAAGGA